AUGCAUCCUGUUCUUCCCACCAAGUGGUGGAGUCUAUUUUCUCUCUCCUAUCCAGGCUGGCCCUGUUUCUUUUCCUUCACCAAGGGUGUGUUGCAGAAGUGUUGCCAGAUUCAUUCUGACAGCAGCGCCAUGGAGGAGCUCGCCACGGAGAAAGAGGCAGAGGAGAGCCAUCGGCAGGACAGCGUGAGCCUGCUCACCUUCAUCCUGCUGCUCACGCUCACCAUCCUCACCAUCUGGCUCUUCAAGCACCGCCGGGUUCGCUUCCUGCACGAGACCGGGUUGGCCAUGAUCUACGGGCUCAUCGUCGGGGUGAUCCUGAGGUAUGGCACCACUGCCACCAGUGGUCAUGACAAGUCACUCAGCUGCACUCAGGAAGACAGGGCCUUCAGCACCUUAUUAGUGAAUGUCAGUGGAAAGUUCUUUGAAUACACCCUGAAAGGAGAAAUCAGCCCUGGCAAGGUCAACAGUGUAGAGCAGAACGACAUGCUGAGGAAGGUAACAUUUGAUCCAGAGGUCUUUUUCAACAUUCUGUUGCCUCCAAUUAUUUUCCAUGCUGGGUACAGUUUAAAGAAGAGACACUUUUUCAGAAAUCUUGGGUCUAUUCUGGCCUAUGCCUUCUUGGGGACUGCCGUUUCCUGCUUCAUUAUUGGAAAUCUCAUGUAUGGUGUGGUGAAGCUCAUGAAGAUUGUGGGGCAGCUCUCGGAUAAAUUUUACUACACGGAUUGUCUCUUUUUUGGAGCAAUUAUCUCUGCUACUGACCCAGUGACCGUACUGGCGAUAUUUAAUGAAUUGCAUGCAGACGUGGACCUUUACGCACUUCUGUUUGGAGAAAGUGUCCUAAAUGAUGCUGUUGCCAUUGUACUGUCCUCGUCUAUUGUUGCCUACCAGCCAGCAGGGCUGAACACUCACGCCUUUGACGCUGCUGCCUUUUUUAAAUCAGUUGGCAUUUUUCUAGGUAUAUUUAGUGGCUCUUUUGCCAUGGGAGCUGUGACUGGUGUCGUGACUGCUCUAAUAUCCUUUCUUUCCUUGACAGGAGCUGACGUGACCAAGUUCACCAAGCUGCACUGCUUUCCCCUGCUGGAGACUGCACUCUUCUUUUUGAUGUCGUGGAGCACGUUCCUCUUGGCGGAAGCCUGUGGGUUCACAGGUGUGGUAGCUGUCCUUUUCUGUGGAAUCACACAAGCUCAUUACACCUACAACAAUCUGUCAGUGGAAUCCAGAAGCCGAACGAAGCAGCUCUUUGAGGUAUUACAUUUCCUGGCAGAGAACUUCAUAUUCUCCUACAUGGGCCUGGCACUGUUUACCUUCCAGAAGCACGUUUUCAGCCCUGUUUUCAUCAUUGGAGCUUUUGUUGCCAUCUUCUUGGGCAGAGCUGCCCACAUCUACCCACUUUCCUUCUUCCUCAACUUGGGCAGAAGGCACAAGAUUGGCUGGAAUUUUCAACACAUGAUGAUGUUUUCAGGCCUCAGGGGAGCGAUGGCAUUUGCACUGGCCAUCCGAGACACAGCAUCCUACGCACGCCAGAUGAUGUUCACGACCACUCUCCUCAUCGUCUUCUUCACUGUCUGGAUCAUUGGUGGAGGCACAACACCCAUGUUGUCAUGGCUUAAUAUAAGAGUUGGCAUCGAGGAGCCCUCCGAAGAGGACCAGAACGAACACCGCUGGCAGUACUUCAGAGUUGGUGUUGACCCAGACCAAGACCCACCACCCAACAAUGACAGCUUCCAAGUCUUACAAGGGGAUGGUUCAGAUUCUGCCAGAGGAAACCGAACAAAGCAGGAGAGUGCGUGGCUAUUCAGGCUGUGGUACAGCUUUGACCACAAUUACUUGAAGCCCAUCCUCACGCACAGUGGCCCCCCAUUAACCACCACUCUUCCAGCCUGGUGUGGCUUGCUCGCUCAAUGUCUAACCAGUCCCCAGGUAUAUGAGAACCAGGAGCCACUGAGAGAGGAAGACUCUGAUUUCAUCCUGACCGAGGGCGACCUCACCUUGACCUUCGGGGAUAGCGCAGUGACUGCGAAUGGCUCCUCAGGGUCCCACACGGCCUCCAUGAGCCUUGAGGGUGGUCGGAGAAUGAAGAGCAGCUCUGAGGAGGUGCUGGAACGAGACCUGGGAAUAGGAGACCAAAAGGUUUCCAGCCGGGGCACCCGCCUGGUGUUCCCCUUGGAGGAUAAUGUGCGCCUUCCUGCCCAGAGCCCUGAGUGA